GGUAUUACUAUUGAGAUGCCAUAUGAAGCCCUCCUCAACGAAAAAUUAGAAUUAACAUCCAAAAUUAUCAAUCAUGAUCUUCCGUCUGCAUUUGCUCUGCCGUUAGGGUACUUGCCAAAUGAUUUUAAUAACCAAUAA